AUGUCUCUUCCGUCCUUCUCCGAAGCCUGGCUUGAUGGCCCAUUGUCCACCAGGAUCUAUACCCGUCUCUACAAGCCCUCACUCUCCGUUGCGCCUCGCGCUGUGAUGGUCUUUCUUCAUGGCUAUCUUGAGCAUGUCGGUCGAUACGAGGCAGCACACACUCGCUGGGCUUCGCAAGGCGUGGCCGUUUUUACCUACGAUGCCCGAGGUUUUGGUAGGACAGCCCUUGACGAGCGUAAGAGCGCUGGAAGCGAGUAUGGACGCACGGGAGGAGCAACGGAGAGGAUGCUCGACCUAGAGUGGGCCCUCAGGCGUGCGCGGGCUGAGGUGCCGGACGUACCUCUCUUUCUCGUGGGACAUUCCAUGGGAGGUGGACUUGCACUGAACUUUGUAACUCGCUCUCAGUCUCCUCCGUCCCAGGAGACGGUCGGAUUACUUUCGGGUAUCAUCGCCUCGUCCCCCUUGGUCCGCGUGGUUCGCAGGGCGCCUUCGCCCAUAGUCUUCAAAGUCCUCUCCUUCGUCUGCAACUACUUCCCCAACAUGAAACACAGCACCCCAGUACAAGUAGAGGAUCUCUCGCACGACCCCGACGUCGGUCCGAACAGCGUGAAAGACCCUUGGAUCAGGCAAUAUGGUUCACUGGAAGGUUUGACUGACCUUCUCAACCGAGGCGAACUACUGCUCACUGAAGGGUAUCAUAACUGGCCCCAGCAUGUACCGGUGUUAAUCCUUCAUGGCGAUGAGGACAGAGCCAAUAGUUUCUCCGCUAGCAAGGAAUUGUUCGAGACGUUACAAGCGCCCGAUAAAGAGUUCGUGGCAUAUCCGGGUAUGUGGCAUGACCUGAUGACUGAACCGGACAUCAAGGAACAGUACUUCCAAGACUGUCAUUCAUGGUUAGCUAGACGCACUUCUACUUGA